AUGAAGUGCCUGUCUUCUAUUUUCCUACCCUGCUUGCAGGCGCGGAAGCUUCGUCGUCAGCGACGGCAGGAUUACCAUGCCUCUUGGACUUGUGCAGGUAUCUCAGAGCUUGCGCAGCCUACUGAGCCAUUCCCCGCGUACGAACACGAGAAACACCAUCACGGUUCAACAGAACUGUCAGCUCUGCCAGACCAGCCUAAAGAUGCUGUCACCAAGACCCCGCAGAUGACACCAUCUAUCCGCCUCGUUAAUCCUGCGGACUCGGAGUGCUCAACGCUGGACGACCCAGAUGAGAAACAACCACAAGGCAUCCAAGAUGAUAUCGCUGCGAAGCAGACCACCACGCUCUCAGACGAUGACACCGACGUCGAGUCCGGUUCCGAAAAGACUUCACGGGUCAUUGACAUGAAGGUCGGCCCUCAGACUGAAGAACCUCUCAAUCCCAAAGCCCACCUGUCGCCGAAGAGCAAAGACGACAUAGAUCUUGAGCUGUCAAGCCGCCGCAUUCCCCGCAGUCCUGAUAAGAAGCCCCGUCCUGCAAGCAUGGAGGUGCCUCCUAGCGCAGCAGCCAAACUUCCAGAAAUCAAGAGCCGUAUCAUCGAGGACAUCCCGGAGGACGUUGAAGAAGAGGACAAACACGAUGCAGAUAUCAAGCACACUGUGUCUGCAGUUCCAGACGAACAAGCAAAGCCAGAGGAAGAGUAUGGCUCCGAGACUGCCGCAACCAAGCCUACUAAGCGCACCUCGACCUGGCGUCUCAGCCAACGGAAGUCCAUGAACGAGCUCUUCAACCUUCUCCAAUCCACCGCCGCAGCUGUCGCCGCAGCCCCCAAACUAUCUAACCUCAAAUUCGCCAUUCCUCCCAAGUCUCCUCUUCGCGCAUCUCCUACGAACGACUCCCCACAUCAUUCCUACGUCUCAUCCGUCUCCUCUACGUCCAACCGCCCUCCCACUCCCCCUCCCAAGUCACCUGUCCUCAGACCCAACAGCAGACCUCUCCCCGACCCAGCCCAGCUCUCAUCGUCCGCACCACCUGCGUCAGGAACAAGUCUGGGGAGCCUCAGCUCAAGUCCUACAAAGAAACAACGCCGGAUGGGCACCGCUGUCUUCCCUCUUCUUCCGUGCAAAUGGGCUGGUAUUCACGACGAGGACAUGAAGGAGAAGCACAGCAACGAUACUAACCGCAACAGCCAGACUCUUUUUCAGUAG